GCGAAAGCGGGCGGAGCAAGCAGAGCCGCAGAGGAAGGAGAAGCCACCGGCCCGGCGGCGACGCGACCCGAGGCUCUGGGCCACCAUGGCUUCGAGUGUCCCCGGCAAGGACUCUGCGCCACCCGCGGUCUCCAUGUCUUCGCUGCCCCUCACUGCGCUCAAUGUGCGAGUGCGCCGCCGCCUGUCGCUGUUCCUGAACGCCAAGACGCAGGUGGCAGCUGACUGGACUGUGCUGGCGGAGGAGAUGGGCUUCGACUACUUGGAGAUCAGACAGCUGGAGUCGCGCCUUGACCCCACCGGCAGCCUGCUGGACGCCUGGCAGGGCCGACCUGGAGCGUCCGUGGGCCAGCUGCUGGAGCUGCUCGCCAAGCUGGACCGCAACGACGUGCUGUUGGAACUGAGGUCCAGCAUCGAGGAGGAUUGCCAAAAGUACAUUUUGAAGCAGCAGCAGGAGGAGUCUGAGAAACCCUUACAAGUGGCCAGAGUGGACAGCAGUGUCCCACGCACAGAAGAGCCUUUUGGCAUCACCACACUGGAUGACCCUCUGGGCCAAGCACCAGAGUACUUCGAUGCCUUCAUCUGCUACUGCCCCAGCGACAUCCAGUUUGUGCAGGAGAUGAUACGGCAACUGGAGCAGACAGAUUAUCGACUGAAGUUGUGUGUGUCUGACCGUGAUGUCCUGCCAGGAACCUGUGUCUGGUCCAUCGCCAGUGAGCUCAUCGAGAAGAGGUGCCGCCGGAUGGUGGUGGUUGUCUCAGAUGAUUACCUGCAGAGCAAGGAAUGUGACUUCCAGACCAAGUUUGCUCUCAGCCUCUCUCCAGGUGUACAUCAAAAGAGACUGAUCCCCAUUAAGUACAAGGCAAUGAAGAAGGAGUUCCCCAGCAUCCUGCGGUUCAUCACAGUCUGCGACUACACCAACCCCUGCACCAAGUCUUGGUUCUGGACCCGCCUUGCCAAAGCCCUGUCCUUACCCUGAAGGUGGCUCUGGAACCCUGCUUCUAGCUCCCUGUCUGUGCCCAUCUGUCCCUGCCUCUUCUGUGUUUGCAAGGGAAUCUGUGGUCUACCUACAUCUUCAUUCCUAGAGAUGCCAGCUGCCAAGACACCUGUAGCAACCAGACACUGUAUGGACACCAAGUUUUAGGUCCUGCAUGGAACGAGUGGCUCAUGUGGCCAGGACAGUGAUGCGCAGCCAAGCCACCUCUGAGCCAUUCAUCUGUCUUCACCUCCCUUUCUUCACCUGGCAAAUAGGAAGUGGAGAUCAGGCAGUAGCUGCCUUUGAAUCCCUGAAGGAAGUGGUGAAGCAGUGCUCUGGCUCUUCGGGGGAGAGCUGGCCUUUCCAAGACGCCAUGAGGACCACUACUGGGACUAUGGGCCGGCUGGUACCUCAUUGCCACCCCAUAUCCUCUCUCCUCUUCACUGGGCAGAUGGAAAUGCAGGCUGAUCCCAGUGGGGCAUCCCAGCUCAAGAUGGAUUCGCUAAUGGGGCUUCCUAUCACCUGGAUUGUUGACUCUUCCUAGCCUCUGUCCUCUCUCAAGUAGUGACAAAUUCCCAAGAGCCCUGAACAGUCCCCUAAGCGUUUAGGGCUGCUUUUCAUUGCCACCUGUCCAGAUACCCAUAAGUACGCUGCAGUUCUGUGGGACCCAGAAUGGGAUUCUGGCUUCUGGAAUAUCUAUCAGAUAUGUGCUAUGGGGCUGGGUCACCAGGGCAGUGUCAGCAGAGACCUUUCCGACCUUUCUUUCCUUGGCCACCAUAGUGAGCUCCCUUGAUUGCCUUGUUUAUUGACAAAGACGGGUGUGUUCUACCCUGAAGCUUGUGGCCUACAUACCAUCUCGUACACUGACAUAGAUAGACGCACAGUGCACCUCCCACAGGUAUGAGUCCCAUCAUCCAGGGGACCUGAGCAUGUCUUCUAAUAAAAUGGGGCACUCUUUCUGGAAAGACCACAACAUGUUGGCAUUUGUAUGUCCAGUGAACUGCAGGUUGACAGAGAGCUGCUUGGCUUCACACAGCAAGCAAGCUGUAGGCCUGGCUGUUUCUCCUUCCCAUUUGGGUCCUAUCAAGCUGUGUAUCAGGGAGAAAAUGUCAUGGUCACAGGUCUCUGUACCCUAGGGUAGAGUUCAGAGCCCCAAAUUCAGUAGUAAGCAAGUGUCUUCUCUGUUCUGCCGUCAGCCAGGCAGGAGCAAGGUGCUUUACCUCCUCACUUGGGAAGGAAUGGAACCCAGUGUGUGCCAUCUUGUUGAAGCACUUAGAUGCCAUGCAUCUGUCCCCUUUCAAUAUUGGGCAUUUUAAAGCAAUUUGGAAAGAGCAUGUUCUAUACCUGUUUUAUAUGCUUAUGAGAAUUUCAAAGACAUCUGAGAAAUGUCUGUCACUUGUUCUUUUCUAUUCUAAGUUUAUAAUAAAGACUGUUCUAUUUUGGGAA